AUGAAUUCUACAUCAAAAGCUAUUUCUGGUGAAAAACAUGAUAGCUAUUUUCAUUCCUUAGAACCUGGAAAAGCUCUAGCAUUAACUAUGAAUUUUCCACAACAUGAUUCAUUUGACACAAAGAAAGUAGCUGUUGAAAAUAAAUCAAUUCAACAUCAAAUUUCGAAUACACAUUCACAAUGUAAUCAUAUUACAACGGAUCCUCAAGGUUGUCUAGAUUGUAUAUCAUCUAUGUUUGGACCAAACUAUGCACCAUUUGCUGCAUUUAUGCAAGAAUUUUCUGAGUUUGCACAAACACAAAAAACAAUUGCAAUGAAACAAAAUGAUAUAAUUGAAAAUUUUCUUUCCUAUCAUCAACAACAAUAUCCUAAAAAGACUACAUUAAAUGAACAGGAAUUACAACAUGUAUUUACUUAUGGUACAUGGUCAAAUGGAAAAAAAUUAUUUUCAUCCAAUCCUCAAUUCUUAGUUGGUUGUAGUCUUAUUAUUUUAAGUAUUUAUUUGGCAACAAUACGAGAUGUUACAGAUCCUGUUCUUGCAUUUAUUCGCGCAUAUAGUCGAAUCAAUGGAGAUAUGUUUCAAUAUUUUAAUAUAAUUAUGGGUUUGAUUGCAAUUGGUGCUCUAUACAUUGGUGCAGUUAUUGCUUAUUGUUCUGGUUUAUUUGGACAUUCAACAAUUGUCACUAUAGUUGCAUUAGUAUUUAAUAUAAUCGGAUUAUUAAGUUCAGUUAUACUUAUUUGUAUAGUUUUAUUUAUGGGUGAUACAAUGAAAGCAAGUUUACCAGUUAUACUUGAAUCAAAUGUAGGAAAUUUUGAAAGUGAUACAUCGACGAAUUCACUUUCAUAUUCAUGGACAUUAAUGCAUAACAAAUAUCACUGUUGUAUCGAUGGCGUUCUGAGAACAGGUCAGACAGUAGCAAAUAGGAGUCGAACUUUUGCAUCACUUCAUCCUGGUUGGUUAGUACCAGAAUCAUGCUGUAUAUCAACUAAUAAUUUAUGUGUACAAGUACCAACAGUCAAUAAUUCAUAUAUUAAUUCUUCUUGCAUUGAACCUGCUUCGAAACAUUUCAAUCAACUACUUUCAAAUUUUAAUUUUAUUCUUUUACCAGUAAUCUUUAUCGCUAUGCUUACGAAUAUAUCUGGUAUUAUUUAUUUAAUGAAUUUAAAAAUUGCUAUUCAUAGAAUGAAUACAAAUAAUAAUGAAUUAGUUAAAAGUUUAUUUGCUUUGAAAUCAAGAAAUUUAGCUGGUAUUCAUAAUGAUCUUACUAAAAAUCCUUUUGAUAAAUCGCAACAAAUAAAAAUCGAUCGAAAAACAAAAGAAAAACAACGUUUACAUAUUCCUGGUUAUUUUCCAAUAACACCAACUAUUCUACAAAUACGAAAACCAGAACAAAAUACAUAUCUUCAUUAUGGACUAUAA